ACGUCAUUCUGACACGACGAUGACCUGAAACUGACCUACUUACACACAUUGCGAGCAAACAAGAAGUCGCAUGAGGCUGGGAGUAUGGCUACUGCAAAUCAAACAAAAGCUGCUAAACUUGCCCAAGAUCUAGAUGCUAAAAUUGAUGACUUUGUUGAUAGUUUACCAAAGAAAUUAUACACCGAUGGAUUGACUGAAGAAAAUUGGGAAGAGGAAAUCGAGAAGAUUCCAGCAUUUAUGACCAAAGGCUUUGAAGAUGGAGUGACAUCAACAGCAAUAGAAGCCUUACAGGCAUUGAAGUAUGAUGAGGGAACACCAGAAGAAAUUGCCCUUAGCUACAAGGAUGAUGGUAAUGAUUGCUUUAAAAAGAAGAAAUACAAGAUGGCUGCCAAGGCAUACAAAGAAGGUCUAAAGCAAGGUGCCAAGGAUGGUAAACUGAAUGCAAUCCUGUACACAAACAAAGCUGCUGCAGAAUAUCACUUGGGUAAUUAUCGUUCUUCCCUGAAGGAUGCCAUGGAGGCCCUCAAAAUAAGACCAGACCAUGUAAAAGCUUUGCUGCGCUGUAUUGAGUGCUCUUUGAAAUUGGAGUUGUACUCGUCUGCUAUACAGUGGUGUGAUCAAGGCUUAAAGGAGAAACCAACAGAUGUAAUGCUCCAGGAGUAUAGAUCCAAAGCAGAAAAGGCACAGAAAAUAUUUGAAAAGGAGAAAAGAAAGAGAAUAUUACAAGAGAAGAAAGAGAGGGCACAGAAACAGAAACUUCUACAAGCCUUGAAGGAAAGAAAUGUAAAUUUAGUACAUGGUAAUGAUGACAAUGAUGACGGUGAUUUGUCUGAAGAUGACAAAAUGUUUUCAAUGCUAGCAGAGGGCAACAACCCUGUUGUAUACCUAGAUGAGGAGGGCGCCCUCAUAUGGCCAGUCAGAUUUAUGUAUCCAGAGCAUGCUACUACAGAAUUAAUUGAGGCUUUUAAUGAAAAUACAAGUUUUGAGGAUCAUGAUACUCAAAGACUGUUGAAGGUGAAUCCACACAAGACACUGAGGAAUAUUUUAUCAGAUUCAAGGUUGCGGAUUCUGCUUGGAACUCCAGCUUUUAUAGUUUUGGUAGAUGGAUCAGAAUAUGAGAAGGUACUACUUCAAAAGCACAAUAACAGUAAAACAUGUGUAACAUAUGGAUGAAGCAAUUAAAGCUGUACAAUACAAACUAUUUAUAGCUUAUGAGAAAAUAGAGAAACUUAAAUCUUACAUAAUUGCUUGUGUUGUAAAUACUUUGAUCUUGACACAUGAAUCCAAGUAACUUUUUAAAGAAUGGAUGAUUCAAAAUUAUAUUUUCCAGAAUUAGCCAUUGUAUCAUAAUCGAAUAAUGUUAAACAUCAGUGGUGUAGUAAAAUGGUUACAGUAGUAAUAAUCAACAAAUUAAAAUCUAGUUAUUAAAAUCAUUCAAAUUUGUUGUAACAUCAGAACCUGGGUCCUGCCGUGUUCAUAAAGGCCUCAUUAGUCGCUUCGCUCUCUGGAAGCAUUGCUCUAAGACCAAAUAUAGAAAUACGAGUGGAGUUGAAAAGCUUAGUGGUUAAGAUGCUUGCCUCCUAAUACCAGGAUCGUGGGUUCAGUGUCUGUCACAGCAGGACUUUCUCACGACUAAAAACUACUCCACUCCCUAGGCCUUAGUAAGAGACUUGGUUUAUACAGCAAUGUUGCAUCUUGUAAGUUGUGAGUGUACUUGGAUGUGAAGGAAAUAAAAAGAAGAUUACUUGGCGCUGAUUUUUGUCACUGCACCCAGACCAGGGCCAUUUUGCAGUUCCUUGACUCCAGCUUGGACUCACUUCACUUCAGUCUGCAUUAGUGUCAUCACUCAAGCGAUGACACCAUCAGUGUCAACACCAUCAUUAUAUUUGUCAUCAUAAUCGUUUGUCACUGUCAUUGUAAACCAUCAACCAUUGUCAUCAUUACUGACUCAUAGCUGUUGGAAGCAUUUUGCAAAUGGUCUGGCCACUAAAGAGCAAUUAAGGGUUUAAUGAUUUCUUAGGGUAAAUAACCAAUGUCACAUGAUUCGAAAUCCACCAAUCAAAUACCAAGGAUCUAUCUAGGUGUGUUAUAAAAAUUGUUAAUAGACAUGCGAUUUCGAAUUCUAUUCACUGUGUAAAAGGAAUAGGGUAUAUUCAUUAAUGCAUUUCCAGUGUAAUGCAAGUAAAUUAUUUGGAGUUAGGCUGGACUCAUAAUUAACUGCACAAGAAUAAUAUUUUUUGUAUUAAACAAUAUUAAGUUAUUGUGAUGAAUAUCAUUUAUGACCAAAAUAAUAUGGAACACAAAAAACAGGAUUACAGUUCUUAAAACUAAUAUAUAAAAAUUGACAUAGAGCAUAAAUAUUUAUAUAUACAAAAUGUAUCUAUUAAAAAUAAUAUAAUGCGAACUGUAAUAUCAAACAUUUUGUUUAAAAACAGUGGACAAAUAUCUCACGCUUGAAAAUUAAAGUGUAAAAGCUAGAGAGCCUACCAGUAGGCCUAUAUCUUUUCUGUGAAUAGGCCUAUUAAUGUUUCCUCUAUUCAUACCAGUACGAAUAUGAUGCCCUUGAACCCAUCUGUUCCAUAGUCAGUGUGAAGUCUGGAUCCGUGCCAGUGACUCCAAUGGCGGACAGUUGCUGAAUUAACAUUAUUAAUUAAACGAUAUUAUACAAUUCUAUCAGAUAUAACACGAUGCGGUACAAAGUAUUAUUUAUUAAAUAUUAAAACCAAAUUAAGACUAUGGCUGUUCUGCCUUUGUUUUGUUAACUUAUCUACUACAGAGAUGCACACUACCAACCACUAAAAAAGCUGCUCUGCUCAUCGGACAGCUUGUUUCGUAAUUUAAUUACUGGUGUAAAGAUGUACUUUCCAGAAUGUAAAUGCACUGUCGGUCUAUGUUUCGAUUACAUUUUUAUUAAUAAAAACUAUAUACAUAGAGAUUCCUAUA